AUGGUGGUGCUGUGGCAACAAUGGGAACCCACAACCCACGAAUUAGUUAAAAUCAUGUUCAACUACCCCUUAUAUUUUUCGGGUACACAUAUCGACCCAGUCUGCGUUCGCGUAUCGCUAAAGCUUUAUCGGCGGUGGGUUAUUCCUGCCGAAACGAACUCAGAGCUCUCAACACCUCUUCUCAAGAGACUAACAUUGUUCACGUUCUUAUCAGCCGGCCGCUGUUAUCUCUAUACCAAAACUAAAACCGGACUACUCGACUGUGCAAGUGGGCAUCAUGACCUCUUUUCCUGCUUCUCGGUGUCACCCUCUUCCCAUUCCUCAUCGAGGAAGCAAACAGACACGAAGAAGCUAUCUGCAGUUGACGCAGAAAACCUCCGCUUAAUCGCGGAAAAAUUCCGCGUCGCCAUCCCUGCUAAGGACGAAGAGCAUUAUUUGCACCUCCUGAACAGCCUCGACGCUUCCGUUCAACUGACCGAACCCCUACCCCCUUACACCGACCCACACCUACUACUCGACCCUGAGACAUUACCUCGUACAUAUACGAAGCUUGGUGGUCUAUCAAACCUGCAUCUCAAUCCGAUGACGACUAUAUUGGAGGAGAACAAGAUUUUGCUGGAGGUGAUGGCGGGAUAUGGUGGUAUUAAUCCAGAGUGUAUAUUUCUGACGCUGCUGAGGGAGAAUGUGACUAACUACUACGUACUCCUUCAAGCUUCGGAGGGCCUCCAAGUAUCUGGGUUGUCCGAGGAUGUCAAAUUAGUGAUCCAUGCCGCAAUAGCACAGUUCAAAUCCAUCAGCGCAGAUGUUCAGGAAGUCAGCAUCCUAAUAUAUCUCAUUAGGCCUUCAACCCAAACGGUUGUCACUCUCCCUGUGAUCGGGUCCUACUGGCUUCAGAAUCGUGUUCCGCCUUAUCUGAACCACACCAUGCUGGAUGUAAGGUCUCCGGUCUUCAAUCAAAAAUACGCCAAUACCAUGGCCGCAAAGGCUAUAACGCUCGUACAGCAGCUACAAGAGGCUUAUGGCGAGGAUUCAAAAGGGCUCGAUGUCCUGCUCGCGCCAGUGAACCCCAAAGCGGGGAGCAAGCAUCCAGAAAAUGGGAAGAAUGUGGCGGAGAAGAUGUAUCCGGCAAUUAGGGCGACGUUGAAUACAUGCCAAUUCAACAUCACAGGGCGUAAGAACCCCACAAUGCGUAAAAAUAUAUUGUUCUUGACUUGGGUAGACCUGGGGUUGAGUAUGCCGGCUUGCUGGGGCAAGGUACCAGACGGCCUGGACACGCCGCUAGUUUCUAUGCAAAUGGUUGUGAAGAGGAGGUGGGAGGACAAAGUCCUGACAAGUGGAAUGGCCGGCUCAACUAAAGGUUGCCUGAUCUUCAAUAGAUUGGGCAACUGGAAGGAUUCCCAUUUUGGCUUCUGCCAUAGAUACUUCAUCUUCUCAACGAAUCGAGAGGUUCAACAGGUACAGACCACCCUAGUCAUGCCCCGCGUCAUGUAA